GUUGAGGUCGCAAUGCUUGGAUACCGUGGCACAUUCGCGACCAAGCAUGUGGCGGGAGAACACGCUCCUGUCAGCUCCGCCGCCAUCUUGUACCAAGUGACGUUUGCCGCGUUCGGAUACUUUUGUGCUCCGUGAAUGACAAUGUUUUGUGUGUGUGCAUGUGUUGUAUAGUACAGUGUACGUUAGUGGUGCUGUGUGUGUUUCUGUGAUAAUUGAAAACAGUACAGUAUACCAGUAAUACUCAUCCAGUCCGCGUAGUUCUAAAAAAAUGUUAAUACAGUUCACUUGACUGAUAUAUCGUUAGCCGGUGAGGGAAACAAGAGACAUUGGAGUAAGGAUAAACAAGAAGACAGAGAGAGAGUAGAGAAAAAGUUAUCAGAGAAAAAAGAGAGAUGGACACCAAAAAUGACGGCCGUGGUGAUGACAUCGAACUGAGUGUUCAAGGAGCCAGCAGUAAGCCCAGCGAUGUAGCGACCAAAUCGGACUUACCUGAACGAGGGUCCUGGGCCAGCAAACUUGACUUCAUCCUCUCAGUGAUUGGCUUGGCCAUAGGUCUCGGCAAUGUCUGGCGUUUCCCUUACCUCUGCUACAAGAAUGGCGGUGGUGCCUUUCUCAUUCCCUACUUCCUCACACUUAUCCUUGCUGGUAUCCCGAUGUUCUUCAUGGAACUGGCAAUGGGACAGAUGCUCACUAUUGGUGGUUUGGGCGUCUUCAAGAUUGCACCAAUUUUCAAAGGUAUCGGAUACGCGGCCGCGGUGAUGUCUUGCUGGAUGAACGUCUACUACAUCGUCAUCCUUGCUUGGGCUAUCUUUUACUUCUUCAUGUCAAUGAGAUCUGAUGUCCCUUGGCGCACAUGCGAUAAUUACUGGAACACGGAGACAUGCGUUAAUCCUUACGACAGAACGAACCUAACUUGCUGGUCCGACAUGGACAUGACGACCUUCUGUACGCUUAAUGGCAAAAACGUCAGCAAAGCUAUCCUAUCUGAUCCCGUCAAGGAGUUCUGGGAGCGCCGCGCUCUCCAAAUCUCUAGUGGUAUCGAACACAUCGGCAACAUUCGCUGGGAGCUUGCCGGUACCCUGUUAUUGGUGUGGAUCCUUUGCUACUUUUGCAUCUGGAAGGGUGUCCGAUGGACUGGGAAGGUCGUUUACUUUACCGCCCUGUUCCCCUAUUUCUUGCUCACCGUUCUACUUAUAAGAGGUAUAACUCUUCCCGGUGCGAUAGAAGGAAUCAAAUUCUACGUAAUGCCAAACAUGUCUAAACUUCUGGAAUCCGAAGUGUGGAUUGACGCUGUGACACAAAUAUUCUUCUCGUAUGGUCUUGGAUUAGGCACUUUAGUUGCUUUGGGAAGUUACAACAAGUUUACUAACAAUGUAUACAAGGAUGCAUUAAUAGUAUGUUCAGUGAACUCAAGUACGUCGAUGUUUGCCGGUUUCGUUAUAUUCUCAGUCGUCGGUUUUAUGGCUCACGAGCAACAACGACCAGUUGCUGAAGUAGCAGCAUCAGGUCCUGGCUUAGCUUUCUUAGCGUACCCAUCAGCAGUGCUUCAGUUACCAGGAGCUCCAUUGUGGUCUUGUCUGUUCUUCUUCAUGUUGCUUCUUAUUGGAUUGGACAGUCAAUUCUGUACCAUGGAAGGUUUUAUAACGGCUGUUAUAGAUGAGUGGCCCAAGCUAUUGAGGCGAAGGAAGGAGAUAUUCAUUGCUAUUACUUGCGUUAUAUCAUAUUUGGUUGGAUUAUCGUGUAUUUCCGAGGGUGGUAUGUACGUCUUCCAAAUUCUGGAUUCUUAUGCUGUGUCCGGCUUCUGUCUCCUUUUCCUCAUAUUCUUCGAGUGCGUCUCCAUAUCCUGGGCCUUUGGCGUCAAUCGAUUCUAUGAUGGCAUUAAGGAAAUGAUCGGUUACUAUCCUACUAUCUGGUGGAAGUUCUGCUGGGUUGGUUUCACGCCCGCUAUUUGUAUUAGCGUUUUCAUCUUUAAUCUGGUGCAAUGGAAACCAAUAAAAUAUAUGACUUACGAAUACCCAUGGUGGUCACAUGCGUUCGGUUGGUUCACUGCGCUUUCCUCCAUGCUGUGCAUCCCUGGGUACAUGAUAUAUCUAUGGAGAGUAACCCCUGGUACUAAAAUGGAGAAAUUCCACACGAUCGUCCGAAUCCCCGAAGACGUACCAACGUUACGUACAAAAAUGCGAGCAGAAGAACAAGCCAAACACGCGUCUUAAAUCAGAAUCCUAUCAUCAUUUAAUGGGUGAGAGAUACAACAAUGCGAAUAUAGGAUUGCUGAAUUCUGGUACUUCUAAACGAAAACUUUAUAUAAAUAAGUACGCGCACAAUUUUAGCAUUAUUAUUUAUGUGUGCCAUAUUAUUUAAAUUAGAAUUUAAAUGUGUAGCUUUAUCAUUUACUCAAUUAAUUAAUUAAUGGAAUUUUUAUUUGGAUAUUUUAAGUUUUUUUUUGUUAGUAAUUUAAUUAUUUUUAUCAGUCUAAGUUUUGUGAUCGAAAUGGUGUUUUAGUCUCAUUAUUGUUUGUGACUUUAAGGAAAAUUUGGGUGCGUUGCGACGCGUUCAUGUAUCUUUGUGCAUUACGCUAUGUUUCUAGGUUUUAACUGCUAGCUUAGUGCAUGUUGUGUGUGUGUGUGUUAAAAGUUAACUGUAUGAUUAUUGGUGUCUUCCAUAUAUAGUCAAUAAUACAUUUAAUUAUAUUAAUAUAGUGAAUUCGAAUACAUUUAUCUAUUUUAUUAUUGUAAAUGUAAACUUAAAUUUGCUUUGAAAAUAUUCACUAUUAUCACGUAGAUAUCUAUCUGU